AUGCACGAUAAUCUCCGUCGUCGCGCCCUCGAGAGCGGCAAGACCGUCUCGAACAAGGCAAAGUCCAAGGGCUCUUCCAAAGCAAGCUCUCGUGCCAAUUCCACCACCAAUUCUCGCGCAAAUUCGCGCCUGCAGAGCCGAGAUGCGUCUGACGACGAGGAUAUGGGUGGUAACCUCAGCGAUGAUACUAACAUGAGUAUCAACUCGAUCGACGAACUGCUCGAGAGCGACGACUUCAACGAGCAGACCACCGAUGUCAUGAAGCAAGAGCUUUCUAAGAGCAUCGAUGAUCUGCUCGAGAGGAAGGGCAGCAGUGUGAAUAGCAGAGAAGAGAGCUUAUCGUCAUUCGACCGCUGCUUGACCGCGCACUACCUGGCAGAUACCCUUUACGGGCGCGUGUCAGAUAUCCUAGGAGCAUUGUCCAAGAGUGUCAAAGCCGAGACGACUGAGAAAGAGACCACUCUGGCGAUCCGCGCCAUUGCUCUCACCGCCAUCACUAUUCAAGAUGACGCAAUCUACGAGACAGUGGCUCCACUGCUCAAGCGUGCCAUCUCCGACUCGCAGUACCCUCACGCCAAAGCCGUCGCUAUUGACGCUCUUGCAACGUGCAUUUCUUUUGGGGGCGCCGGCGAAGAAGAAAUCGAAGAAACUCUGACCUUCCUACUUGAGAUCGUCUCCUCGGACGGGAGCUUCAUCGGUGCCGACGACGAUCCCGAAGUCGUUACCGUUGCGCUGCUCGCUUAUGGCUUCCUCGCCACCCAAGUCGAAGACCUUGAGGCUGAUUCCGAGGAUGCCAUCUCUUCCUUCCUCGACCAGCUCGAUGCCGACGAUGCCAAGGUGCAAAUUGCAGCUGGCGAGAACAUUGCGCUCUUGUACGAGAAGAGCUUCACGGAGCGCGAGGAAGACGAAGAAUCCGAGGACGAAGAGGACGAGGUCUCGUCCGACGACGACAAUGUCGGCUUCCAAGGCGACAAGAAUCUAGUCAAGCGCUACAAUGCAUACCACAAUACACACCAGGUUUUAGAAAAGGUCAACUCGCUGGCGUCACUCAGCACAAAGUCAAUGAACCGCAAGGACAAGCGCAAUAUCCAUCAAUCUUUCGCCACCAUCGCGCUCACGGUCGAGAAUCCGCGUGUGGGUCUGCGCACGAAUAACGCUUCGAAAAUGACCAUUCGAAUCCACCGAGAAGGCGAGAUGAAGGUCGACAAGUGGUGGAAACUGAUGCGCCUCAGUGCAAUUCGACGGCUGUUGGGCGGCGGGUUCGUGAACCACUAUUUUGAGGGGAACAAGCAGGUGCUUGAUGCAUUGCCCAUGAUCAUCCGCGAGACAGGCGCCGGUCUGGGCAGCCCUCGGAAGGUCAUGGCUAAGCAGAGCAAGGGGAGAUAUCGCGAGCAAAGGCGCUUUGUCAGUGUGGGUGUCAAUGAGACCUGA